AUGCUUUCCGACGACGGGGGCCAACAAAAGCUCUACCUGUUGGAGCAGGCAAUCGUGCUCCUUUUCGGGCCGCACACGCCCCAGCGACAAGAAGCCGAGAACUUCGUGAACACGUAUGCACUGCAGCAAAAGUUGUAUCGUCCUAGUAGUGAACUGCCCUUAUUAGAACAAAUUUGCUCAGCAUGAAGAUGACAACUGGAAGCGGCCGUAAUGUUGUUUUAGGUUAGGAAGGCAAUUUGUCAUCCAUAUUAUCUGCAAUUAGAAGUAUAGCACGGGUGCGAUAUUACAACUUUUGCACAGGAUAACACGCACCACUUAGCUACUUUCACAAGUCUUUUCGAGCAAACGAAAUCGGAGCAGAUUCAGUACUAUCAAAUGCAAAAAUGUCUGGGUCUGGAAACUUGUGAUGCUGAAUUGCGCAUGAUUGAAGCGCUUCCAAUGGCAGCCAAGCAUGACAAGUUUUUGAGAGGCCUGCUGAAGCUGAUGCCUAGCACGCAUUACAAAUUGUGCUAUUGCAUGACAAAGAAAGCUUCUCUUUUGCUGCUUAUGCAACACAGAUUUUCCAGGAAUGCAUGACACGCACUACAAGUUCCACUUUUUCAGACCCAGACAUUUUUACAUUUGAUAAGUACUACUGCCUCAUGCGGCUGGACCAGAACGUGGAGCAGUCGGUGGAGCUACGAAGGGAUGUGAUCGUGCCGUUUAUUCUAACCCAGUGCUGUUCGGAGAAGUUCGAUUUGAGUCUGUUAUGAAAUGCAAAAGUAUCGUACUCGUUGUAUAAAUGCAUGACAACUUCCCUGCUCAGCAUGAGAAAUAAAAUUUGCAAUGCGGAUUUGACUUGAGAAAGAAAUUUGUAAUGCAUGAUCGCAAUUACUACGAGGACGAUACUUUUGCACAGGAUAUCUGUCCAAAGCGAACAAGAACAAAUUGUCCUUCAUCUACUACUAUCAGAUGCAAAAGUGUCUGGGUCCUCUGGAAGACUGCAACUUGUGAUGCUGCGUUUGGAUUCCAAAAAAUUCUGUAUUGCAUGAGCAGCAAAGGGAAUGCGAUUUCUGCUACGCGGAGAGGGCAUUUGCCAUGCGGAAUAGGCAUCAAGAUGCCCUCAAAAAUCUGUGAUGCUAGGGCACGCAUCACAGACGAGACAUCAUGGCUCAUGCUGCAAAACGUGCAUCACAAGGCUGAGAAAAAUCUUCCAGACCCAGACACUUUUGUAAUCCAUAACUACAAAUGCGUUGUGCUGGACUACUGCCACGACGAUCAUGGAGGACACGUACAAAACCAGCAUCAGCGCGAGAUUUAUUUCUGGGCAACGGCCUUCUCCGACAUUUUCGACCACUCUGUUUGCAGAGUGGCCAUACAGGAAGCGGAGUGCCAGGAUCGACAGCGGGUGGAGAUGUUGAAAGCUAAUGCAGUACUGAAGAUGUCCUCUGGCAGCUCAGGAGGUGGCGGCAGCACUAGUUCCUCCUCAACAUCCGCGGUCGCAAACAACAUUACCGCUCCUAGUUCCCUGGCAUCUUUAGCCUCCUCUCACUCCACCGCGGACGCGGUAAAGUACCGGUUGGUGGAGUUAAUGAACCGCGUGUUGUUCGAGUUAUCCGAGAACCUUCUCUGCGAAGACGCGGCCUUCCGGUUGGACACUAUGGAUUGCAAAAAUGUCUGGGUCUGGAAGGUUGCAACUUGUCAUGCUGUUUUUGGACUCUAAAAAAAUUUGUAUUGCUUGACCAGCAAGAGGAGCCCAGACUGUGCUACGCGGAGAGGGCAUUUGUCAUGCGGAAUAGGCAUCAGGAAGCCUUCCAAAAAUCUGUGAUGCUAAAUCAUACACUACAGGCAUCAUGGGUCAUGCAAAAUAUGCAUGACAAACCUGGCACUCUUCCAGACCCAGACAGUUUUGCACUUGAUAGACACGGCGGAAAAGCGAAAUCGAGCGAGUGUCUGCAAGGAACGGAUCAAGCAGAAGGAGUGGGAUUUCUUUGUCAACAUCUGGAUGAAUGUGCUGGGAAAGCUAUCGAAAGGAAAAAUCCCCCCUCCCCAUAUCGAAAACGAAAUUUGUGAUGCUGUAUUUGAGGUCACAAAUCGACUCGUCAUGCUAGAAGGCCAAGAGCCGCAGUCGUGGCCUCGUUUGCAGGCAAUUUGUCAUGCUGUUUCCCACUCUCAGCUGCCUCCUAUCAUGCUGAAGAUGCAAGGCUUCCCCACGCCACCCAGCACUGCAGUCCGCAUCUUUUCCCGUGUAGCAUGACAAAGCUGAUUUGUGACAACAAAUCUGCAUCACAGAUUUCCGUUUUGAUAUGGGGAGGGGGGAUUUUUCCUUUUGAGAAAAGCCGUUGGUGGAAAGUAGCUCGAGCAGUAGUUGCACAACUAGUUCAACGUCGACCCAAAACAGCAGUACAACAAACUCUUCUGCAACAAAUUCAAAUCAUCAACCACUGCUGUACCAGUUUGGUGGUCACCAGCACCGCGCUGCUGACCACCAGCAGCAGGAGUAUCAGGUAAUCGCGGCCAACAACGCAAUAUGAACUGCAAAAGUAUCGUACUCGUAUAAAUGCAUCGAAUUUUCUCAGCAUGCGAAAUGAAAUUUCAAUUUGUCAUGCUGAUUUACUUUAAGAAAAAAAUUUGUAAUGUUGCAAGACCUGCAUUUAUACGAAUGCGAUACUUUUGCACAGGAUACGCAAGACUGCUGAAUCUGCAGUCGGACUGUCUCCUGGCGAUGAAGGAAUUCAUUCCCUGGGUUGAGUAUCAAAAGGAAAAAUCCCCCCUCCCCAUAUCAAAACGAAAUUUCUGAUGCUGGAUUUGGAUACACAAAUCAAAUUUGUGUUGCAGUAGAGGAAGGCACGCAGAUCCUGAGCCUAGGCGGGGGCCUUUUGUUGUAGGCGCCUAGCAUGGUAGACGGCUACCCUGUAGGCCUUACAGCGUUACAAAUCGCCGGCAUAACCACGUGGCGGGCAGCCUGAGCGUGCCUUCUUGCAAGACAGACCCGGCCUGUGGUCAAAAAUCAGCAACACAAAUUAGCGGAGGCAUACCUUUUCGAUAUGGGGAGGGGGGAUUUUUUCUUUUCAUAUUGAGGCGGUCAAGGUUUGGAACCAAACCACGAUCCAAACGCUGCAGAGGCUCAUGCUGUCCGCUAUUGAGCGGAGGAAAAAAAUAUGAAUUGCAAAAGUAUCGUACUAGGCUAAAUUGCAUGACAAAUUCGCUCAGCAAGACAAAAGUAAUUUGUAAUGCUGUUUUACCUUGAGAAUAACAUUUGUCAUGCAUAUUUGCAAUUGGUACGAGUGCGAUACUUUUGCACAGGAUAAAAAAACGAAGAGCAGUCGCUGAGACUGUCCGACGCUUCUGUUUCCACCUGUGUAUCAAAUGUAAAAAUGUCUGGGUCUGGAACAAGAAUGCAAGAUUUGCGAUGCAGUUUUUCCAUGACCCAUGAGGCCUGGAAUGCAGCGCCUAGCAUGACAAACGCCGUGAGGUGUCUACCAUGCUUAUCCUGCAUGAGAAACUCCCUGUCAAACAGGUCAAAAGUGGACAUCUUUUGGUAAUCAUGCAACACAAGUUUUUGCAUGCUUCAGAUUCAGCAUCACAAGUUGCAUUCUUCCAGACCCAGACACUUUUGCACUUGAUAUUGUGGAAGCGAGAACAACCCGGGGUUCCCGCACUCCGGGAACCAAACCACUUCCCUUAUGCCAGCCUCAGAAUGGAAAUCCUCAAAGUGGAAAUGAUUUGUAAUGCAAAAAAACGACUCCAGUUGAAGCGCCAUUUCUAGUCGGCGCAUGACAAAUUUACCGGGCACUCAAAGCAUGUCUGUCAUGCUAGUUAGGGCAAAAGGGUGCCCUUCUCUCGUGCUGAUCAGCAACACAGUUCUGAACCCGGAGAAGCACAAUAGCCGGCCUCCAUUGCGUCCUCUGCAAUGCAGUUUUUUUGGUGUCGCAUUUCAUGCAUCACAAAUUAUUUCCACUUUGAGAAUUUCCAUUCUGAGGCUUUCAUAUCCCUGUUCCCCGUCUGCUGCGACGUGUUCGACGCGCUGUUGAAACGGAAGUUCUCGUCGGAGAACCAGAUCGACAAGUUGAAAGCGUUGUCCGUUUUUCGCAUCACCGAGUUCUUUUUGGAGCAGCUGGCGGACAGCGAUCUGGUGCCAACAGUUGGUGGAAUAUCAAACACUUCUAGCGAUGUUGGUGCCAACAUGACAGGUAAUCAACAGCUCGGUGUGAUUUAUUCCGCCGCGAACUCCACAGCGACGACGCCAAAUGUGGUGGCGAGCAGCGAAACCGCCGGGAUGAUCAUGAACGGCAGCCAGCAAGAACACGGGAUGCACCACCUCCGUUUGAUCCAGAGCCAAAACCCUUUCGAGGAAGACAGCGAUUUGUGGCUGGAUAUGAAUUGCAAAGGCAUUGUACUAUUAUGAAUUGCAUUACAAAGUUCCUUGGCAUGAGAAAUGGAAUUUGUAAUGCUGAUUGACCUUAGGAAAAAGUCUUGUAAUGCAUGACUGCAAUUACUACGAGUGCGAUGCUUGUUUUGCACUGGAUACUGGAGAAAAAAGUCGAAGUCGUCGACUCUUUAGCGGAAGCGGUGCUGGAAAUUAUUACAAUGAAAAAUGCCCCCUCCCCAUAUCAAAACGGAAAUCUGUGAUGCAGAUUUGUGGUCACAAAUCUGCUUUGUGAUGCUAGAAGGCAAAAGAUGAGGACUGUAGCGCUGCCUAGCGUGGGAAAGCCUUGCAGCUCCAGGAUGACAGGAUGCAACUGGAAGUGGGAAACAGCAUGACAGAUUGCCUGCAAUUUAGGCCGCAGCUUCGUCUCUUGGCCUUCUAGCAAUACAAGUCGACUUGUGUAUUCAAAUACAGCAUCACAAAUUCGCGCAUCUUCCGUUUCCGAUAUGGGGUUGGGGCUUUUUUCACUUUGAUAGAAAUCUACGUGAAUUUACGGAAAAAACUGGGCACGUACAACACGAACGUUGUGGAGAAUAAACACAAGGCGUCGAAGAAAUCGAAACCCAGCACUUCCGCGAAGAUGCACCCCAAUAAUUCGGAGCAAAAUCUCAGCCAGCAGCUGCGGGAGAGGGACAGAGCCAAUAAUAAUGACAUUAAUUUACAGCAUCUACUCGACGCGGAAGGCGAGGCGUUGCGGCUACUUGGGGUGUUGCUGCCCCAGAUCAGCAAUUAUUUCGCGCACCCAAGGUUUGCGAUUGCCAACUCGGUGGAGGUAUCAAAUGUAAAAGUGUCUGGGUCCUCUGGAAGAAUGCCAGACUUGUCAUGCAGGUUUUCCAUGACUCAUGAAGUCUGGUAUCGAGGACAUAGCAUGACAGAUUCUGUGAGAGUUCUAUCGUGCCUAUCCUGCAUGAGAAACUGCCGCUCGAUUAGGUCAAAAGUGGGCAGCUUUUGGCAAUCAUGCAACACAGAUUUUUACAUGAUUCAGAUUUAGCAUGACAAGCUGCUUUGUUCCAGACCCAGACACUUUUGCAUUCCAUAGGAGGAGUUUCUGUCUGAGUUUUUCCGCGAGGUGGAGCAUUUGAUCGUUCCAGAAAUAAACUACGCACAGAAUGCUGGUGAUCAUCUUCCCCAAGGUGCUGGACCUCAACAAAGCAGUAGUAGUAGUUCUACCACAACAGCAGGCCAGCAACCACCACCAGCUCGUCGCAGUGGACCUCUUAUCAAGUGCAAAUAUGUCUGGGUCUGCAAACUUGUAAUGCUGAAUGGUCAUGAUUGACUGCGUUUUUAAGUGCAGAAGUGCAGCAUGACAAAUUUUUCAAACGGUUUCUCAUGCGCAGAACGCAUUACGAAGUCCGCUUUGGUAUGACGAAAGUGUGGCACUUUGUGCGCUGCUUAUGCAAUACAGAUUUUUUAGAUAUGCGAAACGCGCGAUACAACAGUUUCAACCUUUGUCAUUGUCCAGACACAGAGAUAUUUGCGGUUGAUCCCUCUGUUCACCAGACAACUCCUGCGACCGGUGUUCGAGUCGCUGCUGUCCUCGUUUGUCAUGCGCAUGGCGCUAUGCAUUGCAAAAGUAUCGUACUCGUAUAAAUGCAUUACAAAUUUGCUCAGCAUGAGAAAUGAAAUUUGUAAUGCGGAUGUACUUUAUGAGAAAGAUCUGUAAUGCAUGACUCCAUGACUCCAAUUACUACGAGUGCGAUACUUUUGCACAGGAUAGGGGCUGCCGAGCUGGUUUUCGGUCCACGACGAAGACGAUAAGGACCACGUGGAAUUUCUGGAGUACCAGAAACACUUGAAGAACUAUCUGAAAGUUCUGUUAAAGGUUGACGAAUAUGCAUUGCAAAAGUAUCGUACUAGUAUGAAUUGCAUAUACAAAUUUGCUCAACCUGACUAAAUUACCGAUAGAAACCGGAUUUGUCUUGCUAGUCUGGCAUUUAUAGUACGAGUACGACGCUUUUGCAUUGCAUAGCGAACAGAUUGUGUUUCGCUGGAUCCAGCAGGAAUGCGAAAAUGUGGGCACGAAAUACCUCCAGCACUUGAUCUAUUUUAGUACUUCGAAUGCAGCUGGCGGAACGCCGACACCAGCAGCCACUCUGCAUCAACAGCAGCCCCUCCCGGCGGCAUUGCUAGUCGCGCCACACCAUCCGGAGGCUGCGACGAAUGUGUUCUGUGGGGCGGGGGGUCGUGGUGAAUACAACAGCAUCGGCGGGAUGAUUUCUUCUUACCAACAACUGCAAUACCUCACCGACCCGUCUGUGCUGUUGGUCUCCUCCUGUGCUGCAGUAGCUGCCACGACGGCUAACAAGUCUAAAGACCACGCUAUGAUCAAUCAGUACGAAGCCUCGCCGAGUUACCUCCGCGCCCGGCAGAAGGAAUUUCGACAAAGAGCGAAUUACGACUGCGUUCCGGCACACGUGGUGAGUUUCUGUGUGUGGCUCGAGACCCUCGCAGAUUUGCGGGCAAAGGAGAUACCGACGUAUCAGACAAGCCACCCGCUGGUGCAAGUGGUAACGUACCUCUUCUCAGAGCAGUUUCUGCAGAAAUUGCCCAAUGGAAGUUGUACUAGCGAAAUAAAUUUCGUCUCGACGUCGCGGUCACACUCAGCAGGUGUAGAGAACAACGCUGUUGUCCACGCCGAUAAUAAUCACGACCAGAUCCGAUCCUCCAGCGAACGAGGCGGGUCAGCGUCUUCGUCCUCUUCCUACGCGAAACUCCUUGACCAAGUGAAGCUGGCGAUUUCAGAUUUGAUAUGAAGUGCAAAAGUAUCGUACUCGUAUAAAUGCAUGACAAAUUUCCUUAGCAUGAGAAACAAAAUUUGCAAUGCGGAUUUGCCUUGAGAAAAAAACUUGUAAUGCAUGAUUGCAAUUACUACGAGUACGAUACUUUUGCACAGGAUAUUUGAUCGUGAAGUACAAAGUCAUCGUGGAGAAAGACAACGGUAAUAGUACCGGUAAGAGUCUGUUGAAUAUGCAUUGCAAAUAUGUCUGGGUCUGGGAGGAUCCAAACUUGUCAUGCUUCUAUUUUUGGACUCUCAAAAAUUUGUGUUGCAUGAGCAGCAAUAGCAAUAGGAGUCCAGAAAUUCCCCGUCCAAGUCUUGGACGGGGCAUUUCUCAUGCAGGAUAGGCAUCAAGAAGCACUCGGAAGAUGCUAGGACAUACAUCACAGACGUCAUGGGUGAUGUAAGGCGUGCAUGACAAAUCUUCCAGUCUUCCAGACCCAGACAUAUUUGCAGUUGAUAUUGAAGAACGUGCUGCAAUUUUUCGUCGAGAACCUCCAGAAUCUGCGGAUCCGGAAACGUGUGGCCUACAACUUCAACAAAUUCGUGAAGAAAAUCCGGUCCAGUCUCUCCACCGCGAGCCCGACCGCGGGUUUGUCGAUAGAGAUGGUGAACCACAUUGCGUCCGCGAAAUUGCUUCAAGUGCCGUUGGAGGUGGUCACCGACGACGCGGACGACUCGCAGGAGAACAUCUUCGAGGCGUUGGGCGUGGUGACAUGCGGCGUGGACGGAAAGUUCACCCGGGAUUUUUUCCAAAAAAUCCUCUCGGUACCAGUCCAGCAGCUGCAGGAACUAGUGAUUUCGGAGAAGUUUGGCGGCAACGAACAGCAAUUUUUCACCGCGUUACGGGAUCGACAUUUGGACUCCCCGUCGAAACUAGGAUUGUCCCAGAUCCAGCUCGAUCCGGUCACCGCGGCGCACCAAUUGGAACCCUUGCUCGGCAGUUACUGCUGCAGACUCUUUUCCUGCUUGUCUACCUUUUCCAAACCGUUCACCCAACUCCGACCGGAUCUGGUCGCGGAAUGGAGAGAACUCCUGGUUUUAAUAUCCAAGAAAAAAACAUUGUAGGUGUAACUUUUUUGGAGGAACAGCAUCACAAAUUUGUCUGGCAUGACAGCAAAAACCUGUCAUGCGCAGAUAGCACGUGAAAACGCCCUUUAAUGGAUCUUACGAUGCAUGCCAAGCAUGACAGACGCCAUCAUCUUGCAUGUUGCGCAUCACAAAUUUACAUAUAACAGCGUUUUUUUCUUGGAUAUUUAACCGAGAAAGUGCACUCCCAGUUCGAGGCGGCGCACAAACCCGAGGUAAAGUCCGCCUUUCGGGUCUUUCUGCGGCAGAUGAUGCGGGUCCUGGACGCGCAGACCCUGUUCGAAGCUCUGUCGGUACUAUUGCCGAAAAUGUACGGCGUGGAGUUGAAACGGCUGGGCAAUGUGGAAGAGGGAAUCAGAAAUAGUUGUCAGAGUGGUGGUGGACGAGGAGGUUCUUCAUCUGCAAGCAGCUCUUCGUUCAACAGCGCAACGAAUCAAAAUCAUAAUCAGGCCCCACAACAGCAGCAGGGUGGGCCUCUAAUGAUCGAUAGCAGGAACAGAGAAGCCAUAUCGGACUUUACGAGCUGCAAAAGUAUCGUACUCGUAGUGAUUGCUGCUAUGCAUGACAAAUCUCUUUCCUAAGGUAAAACAGCAUUACAAAUUUCAAUUGUAAUGCUGAGCUAAUUUGUGAUGCAAUUUGUGCUAGUACGAUGCUUUUGCAUUCGAUAGACUUCAUGGCGACGCAAUUUGAUGACAUCCGCGACUUGACCAAUUUCUCCAGUCACUUGACAGGUAUAGAGUAGAACAUAAUGAUAAUAGCGAACGAUUGAUCAUGGUGCGACGCGGCUGAUAUGUUUUAUGGAGCUCUUUUUUUUUAGUUGGAAUUGUACUCCUUUACGCUCCUGCACAUAAAUCAUUCUCAACAUCGUUCAAAAUCCAGAGUGAAUCAAACUUCCCCACAGCUACCAAGGAGAUCCACGCGCCACCAGGCUCGGCGAACCCAGAGCAACAGCUCACAAGCCUCCAGGAGACCUUCUGGGCACAGAAUCUGAGAACCGUGUUUUCUCUCCCCGCUCGGUACCUGAAUUUCCAGAAGGAAGCACUGAUCCUUCCGGAUCUCGGGUCUUCGUCAGCUGCUUCCGCAUUCGUUUUGUCGUCCUCUAGUUCCGGCGGCGGCGACUUGAUCUUCAUCCGGCAAGAGAUCAUUGACCAACUAUUGGACUUCUUCAAAAACUUGGCCCUCCGCUGUCCGGGUAUCAAAAGCAAAUGUGUCUGGGUCUGGAAAGUAGACCUCGUGAUGCUACAGUAUGCUGGAUAGGCUAGGGGCUCUCAAGUGCAGCAAAGCAUGACAAGUUUAUUUUACCUGACGCCAUUUUAUGCGUAGCACGCAUGAAAAACUGCGUUUUUGCAUGACGAAAAACAAAGUGGCGCCUUUGCUGGCCGUGCAAUACAGAUUUAUUUUCAGGGCUACAAGACAUGCAACAAAAAUUCAACUUUUCAUCCAGACCCAGACAUAUUUGCAAUGCAUACCGGGCGUUUUGUCGCAGUUCCUGUCCGCGUAUCCAGAGGAUGUCUUCCGUAUCAUCGGCGCCAUGCGGCUGGGCGAAACCGCAACAAACCACGAAGCCGUGAUGAAGCAAACGAACACGUUUUUGGAGCUUUGCGUGCAGGUGGUGAUGAGGGGGGGAGAAACAGAAAGUGAAAGUAGAGAAACGCCGCUUGAUGCAAGAACUCCAGGAGAGCAGGGCGCCGGCGAGCAGGACCGAAAUCAGAAAGCAGCUUGUUGGUGGAAAACAGACGUGUUUCUGAGACACUGUUUCGCCCCGAUAUUCCAGCGGCUGUUGGCAGAAACCACGACGGGGACAACCGUUGUAGGCAGCACGACGAAUAACAGCAGCAAAACCCCGGACGCAAAACGCGCAUACACGGAAAUCGGGGUGUUGGUGGCGCGGGAUGCGGGCAUUUGGGGAAUCGCGAACGAGAUUUUGACUGCAGCUGGGCUGAAUGUCAGCGGGUUUUUGGAAAAAUACCGGAUUUUCGAAGCUGGAAGUAGAGACUACGUGCCUAUUGGAAAACAUUUUGCGGACGAAAUGUUUCGGCUGUAGAUCAUGGUGGAUUUUGUUGUAGGAGGUGUUGAAUGUUUUAGUCGCGAAGCCUGUUUUCCCGGCACCAGUGUAGUUUGACAACGUCUAAUAUGCGACGGCGAUUCCACCCGGCGCGAGUAACAACAACAACAAGACAUAGUGCAGCAGCUGCACACGAAGAUGCGUCCAGCUGUUCCUUCACCCCAAUUAUUCGCCCGAAGACAGAAGUGGCAUUGCUCUCUACUUCUGGUGACUGUUGGUAAUAAGUUUAUAAUCCUCGGAACGAAACAAGUUGUAAGAUCCAGAUCAUCACGCUAAAAUCUCAAUGGGGCAUCACGACCUUUGAAGAUGCCAUGGAUGAAAAACCCGGAGGUAUUCUUCCCUCAUCUAGUACUUGCUUUGGAUGAAAUGCCACUUUGUCCCCGUUGUUCCACCAGAUCGCGAUAGCUGUUUUUUGGUUCUCCUGCCCAGAAAUACCAAACCCAUGUCGGAUUCCUUUUUCCUCGUCAUCCUCGGUGUGCAAAUUUGCGAGCAGGAAGAGUGAGAGUGUUGAUAUUGUCG